GUAGUUUCCUUUCGCUCAACAGCGAGUGUGACGUGUAUUGCGUUUGAGCGCAGUUUCUUGACGUUUGUGUAGUUUUUAAAGUGAAUAAUGUGAUUGUGUAGUUCGUUAUGGCCUAUAAAUACCGUGAAGAUUUGGUUGGCAAACGAUUUCUCUCUGUGAGUGGUGUUACGAAAAUUAACGUGAAUAAAGUUUCCGAAUGGGGAUGGAAAGCUGGUGUUAUCAGGGCAGCUUCGCUCAAAGAUAACAAGAAUAAGGAGCUUCAGGUUUUAGUGGAAUAUGAUGGUGUUGACUGGCAACGUCGUGAGUGGGUAGCAGUGUAUUCGCGUAGGACGUUUCGAUUGUUUUUGGUGGAAAGAACUCUAGUUUGGGCUCCUAGAACCCACGAUGGAAAAGAAGUAAAAUGGCCCGCCUUGACGUUUUCUCCGCUGGCGGCUGACCUGACCCUGCAGCCGCAAGCGCAGCCCGUCGAGUUCCUUCACGACAAGCAGCUGGCCUUCUUGGACUACGCUAACCUCCAGCCCUACCAGGACUGGGACGCCCGGCUUGCUGGUUCAGAAGUGGGAUUGGACGCGGCGACUUUGUCCGCUCUGUCCACGGAAGCCGGGGAGUGGCGGACCAUCCAGGAUGGGCAGAGGAUCCUGACGACCACGCCGUCGGUGCUGGGCGGCUGCAGGGCCCAGGUGUAUCGCGCGGCUGGGGCCACGCAGUGGUACACGGCCGUCAUAGUCGGUGUCAAUGAGCAUACUGGUGAACUGACAGUGACGGAUGACACAGUUUUAGAAGAGCACAGUGAGGAUCCAUCUCUUGUGCAGAUGAGACUUCUAGGAGAUGGAGUAAUCGAAUCCAUAAUGAGAGGAGAAGUGGUGGGCGUGAUGCCGCGUCGCUCCCGCUCCAACCUGCAAAGGGUCGAGCGAGAGAACACGAAGAGUCCAGCGAGCACAGGAGGCAGGAAGAAAGCAUCCGUGAGGAGCAACGGGCAGAUUACUUCCUCGGAACCACCAUCGCAACCACAAGGCUCACCCCCCGUUCGUGAAUCCGGCGAGAUUAACAAAAAAGGUGCGGCUGUAAAUGUGAGUGCGAUUGGUGAUGUCGAAGUCAGUGACGAAAACAAGUGUGUAAAACAGGAGGAAGUGAAGCCAGAAGUGUGUGCCAGUGAAGGUGAAGUGCGCAGUGAAGUGAGUGCAGGCGCGGAUGGUGUUGCCAGCGCCGUGGCCUCCGAGGAGGACGACUGUGUGAUAGUGUGCGCGCGCGAUGCGGACGAGAGGUCCGAUUCUGGAGUGAGCGGUGUCCGCUCAGGCGGAUCGGCCAGUUCGGUGGAGGAGCGCGAGUGGCGCGGAAUGGCGCACGGCUAUGGCGGCGGUCCACCCCCGCCCCUGCUGCACCUGCCCCCGCCGCCGCCCUCGCUGUAUGCCAACGAGCUGCUGUGGAAGCAGCGGUACCAGCCGCCGCUGCAUGCCCCCCUGCAUCACACCAUCGCCGAUGACUACCUGGCGGCGACCUACGAUAGAGAGAGACAUGAAAGACUGCUACGAGAACGAAGGGAACAGGAACAACGCGAUAUAUUGGAGAAACAGCAAAAAGAGAGAAAGGAGAGAGAACGGAUAGAGCAAGAGCGAGAGAGGGAGAGGGAAAAGCAGGAGAGGGAAGAGAAGGAGAGGCGAGAACAGGAGAAUGCUGCGUCCAAACUAGUGUCGAGGCAUUUCGAAGAGUCGUUUAGGCUUGCCAACCAAAAGAGGGAGAGGAGUUUAUCAUGGUCCCUGCUGAAUAGCAUACCUCCUAGUCGAGGCGCGGGCCCGGAGCACGAGCGGUUAAGAGCUCCUCCAUCGGAACGCGCGUACUACUCUCCCCCCGGGCACCCCUCUGCGCACCCCUCACACCCCUCACCACGCGCGCCCGCACCCUCGUCCGCAGACUACUGCCCUCCUCAUGCGCGGCUAUCUAUCUCUUCCAAAUCUGAAAAACCAGCCUCCCAUCCUUCUCUGCCUAAGGGCGAACCCAAUUUCGCACCUUACAGCGGAUAUUCUUAUAGGUAUGAUAAACUGAAAGACAGUCAGCACUUGCCGGCUCCCCCGCCGCUGGUGACCGAAAAGAAUUCUGUGAUAGUCAAACACGACGCCAAACAGAUCCACCUGGAGCAAAAGCAUCCUUAUCCUAGCAAGCCCAGGAGCGAACCUUCCCCUCAUUACCUUCCCUCGCGGCCGUACCGGACCGGGCUGUCGCCGCACGCGCCGCCGCAUCCGCACCCCGCGCUGCAGACCUCGCCGCACGCCGCCCUGCCCGCGCAGGACAAGAACAACCGGCGGCUCUACCAGCCGCCGCCGCAGCGCUCGCCUGCCUACUACCAGGCGGCGCCGCAGGCCAAACCCAAGGUGUCCAGCCCGGCGCCUCAACAAUUCUACGGGAAACCGAACAAUUCUCCUAGUCCCGCGCACUACGCGGUCGCCGUCGAACCCCAGCUGCAAAUGCCAAAGACGGAGCCUCCGCCGGUGCCAUACCCACCGCCGUCCGCGUACUCCCCGGCGCCGCGCACGCGGCCGCCGCCCGUGGCACAUUGCCGCACGCCGGAGCCGCGGCCGCCGCCGCGCGCGCAUGGCGACGCCGGUUCGUCGUCCCCGUGCCAGACACAGCCGCUGGACCUGGGCGUGACGCGCGACGACCCCGAGCGCCUGUCCCCGCGCCGGAGGUAUCCCUUCGAGCCGGCCGACGCGGACGCCAAGCGGCGGCGGCUAGAGGAGCUGCCUGCGCCGGAGCCACUCAUCGCCGCGGCUGCCAGCGUGGGCCGGACGCCCCACGGCUCCGAGCCCGCUCCGCAGGCGCCAGGCCCGCCCUGCGACGUGCGGGUGCCGUCUGCGGACGGCAGCGUGGAGACACCUGAACGUGCGGCUGGUGCGUCGCCCGCGCCGCAGCUGACGCCUGCCGCCAGCCCCGCGCCCGCGACGCCUGUGCCCGCGUUAGCACCCUCCCCGUCCGCCGCUCCGCCCGCGGCGCCCACACCGCCCGCGCCGCCGGCCACUCCGCCAGUCACACCCCUCGCCGACGGAGAGACUCAAGCUAAAUCGACUCCGCCCAGAGAUGGAUCGGCGCCUGUCAGACAUCUAGGCAAAAAAGCGUGGUUGCAACGACAUGAGACUGCGCCCAUCGGCGAAGGAGAUUGCUCCGGUGGUGGUGGAACUUGUAUAACUCUUCCUAUGACUAUAACACGGGUGUCUGAACCGGACGAUUCGAGCUCAAACAUUGUCGUUCCAGUAGCGGCCAAGUCCAUUCAGCGCGGUGCCCGUAAAACGUCGAAACCGAGAAAACCUAAAGAAAUGAAUGGACGGGUCGAGGAUGCUGAAGAGGACAGCUCUAGUUCAGACCGGGAAACCGCCGCGCCUCCGAAGCGGAAACCUCCCAAAGCGAAGAGAAAAAAGGGAAUCGUCGCGCGAAAAGCUGGCGACGAGCCAAAGAAGAAGAAAGCGUCCGAGAGUGGUAGUGAAAGUGAUAAAGAAAGUGACGACAAAGACUCUGAUUCAGGAGGCAGUGGAAGUGGAAGUGGGAGCACAUCAAGUAAACGCGGGACCGGUGGUCGACCCAGAGGGCGGCGGUCGCGCGGAGGCGGCGGCGGCCGCGGCGGCAGGCGGAAAGAGGACCCUCCGCGACGAGCGCCGGCCAGCGCGCCCGCGCGGCCCAGCAACGAGUCGUUCCUGCAGAACGGGCCGUGCUUCGAGGUGGCGCCGCGGCUGGCCAAGUGUCGCGAGUGCCGUUGGUCGCCAGCGCAGCGCGACAAGGACAUGCCCAACAUUUUCUGCCGUUUCUACGCUUUCCGAAGACUGAAGUAUGCCAAGAAUAGGCAAUUAGCUAUAGCCGGGUUCUCCGACCCAUACAAGGACGCUGAUGAGGAGGAUAAAAAAUUAUGGCUAUCAUCAUCCGUCGGUGCGGCGGAGUUAGAUAUAGAAAUGAGUUGCUUCCUACUGAGGGAGAUUGGAGACCAGUUCUGUGAACUGUUACAACAAGAGAAAGACGCGGAGUCACACCAUUUGAAUGACGAUAAGACGAUAGCGUGGAAACGUGUCGUUCAGGGCGUGCGCGAGAUCUGUGAUGUCUGCGAGACUACUCUGUUCAACUUCCAUUGGACGUGCGGCAAGUGCGGCUUCGUAGUUUGUCUCGACUGCUAUAAGUCGCGGACGUCCGGUGAAUCGGCCAAUGCUACGAGCGAGACGAAUAACACCAACAACGCUACAGCCAAUGGCGAGAGAGACUCCUUUGGUUGGCUGACGUGCACGGCGGGCGGCGCGCACCCGGCGCGACGCCUGCUGCUGACGCAGAUCGCGGCGGGCGGCGCGCUGGCCGCCGCGGCCGAGCGUGCGCACGCCGCGCGCGGCGCGUGGUCGCUUGCCGCCUGCAAGUGUGGCCACAGCCCUACGCCCGACCCCGCGCUCAAAGCCCGCGCCAGGGAUCUGCUGCAGAAAGUGCUGCAGAAGAACAUCAAGAAAGAGGAUGUCAAAGAAGAAAAUGUUUCCACCAAUGGGUCAUCUCCCGUGAAAUCUGAGAACGGCAAGACUGCUAGUUCGGUGGUUAGCUGGCUCACAGACGUCCCGAUGAAGACUGAAACUAAAGAAGAUAAAUCUGACUCCAGCUCCUCUGAUUCAGAAGAAGGCGGAUCAUUCUCUACUUUAAGGGAAUUGUUGAUAAGACCGGCUCCAGAAGGAGGCGAGACGCAACCUAAGAAGAAGCAAAAGAAGAGCAGGAAUGACUUUUUGAGUGACGUCAUCUCGAGCGUCGUUGAUGAGAAGAAAGAUGAGGACGGAGAAGUGAAACCGUUUGCCUUGUCCAACGUCAUGAAGCGGUAUGAUAGAAGUGGGCGAGAUGACUUGCCUGUGAGGAUCAUGACGCUGACUGAAUCCAAGCUGUUGUAUCCCGACGUGCCUCACGCCUGGCUGUGUGACGGCAAGCUGUUACAUCUCACUGAUCCCGUUCAUCCUGGAAAUUAUAAACCAUUCCAGGACCAGUGGAAACGCGGUCAACCAGUUCUAGUCUCCGACGUUUCAAGUAUCUUAGAUAAAGACCUCUGGAGCCCCGAGAGCUUCUCGCGAGACUUCGGCGACACGAGAGUGGACUUGGUGAACUGCGCGUCCGGGCUCGUGGUGCCCAACCAGCCCGCGCGCAAGUUCUGGGACGGCUUCCAGCUGGCGGCGCAGCGUCUGCGCGACGAGCGCGGCGCGCCCAUGGUGCUCAAGCUCAAGGACUGGCCGCCCGGCGAGGACUUCGCCGAGCUGAUGCCCGCGCGCUUCGAGGAUCUCAUGCGCGCGCUGCCGCUCGGCGAGUACACGUCCCGCAACGGGAAGCUCAACCUGGCCGCGCGGCUGCCCGAAUGCUUCGUCCGGCCGGACCUCGGCCCCAAAAUGUACACCGCGUACGGCGGCGCCGGCGGGACCACCAACCUGCACCUGGACGUGAGCGACGCCGUCAACGUGAUGGUGCACGCCAGCGCGCCCAGCGACGCGCCCGAGCGCGCGCGCGAGGCUGCGCGCGCGGCCGAGGAUGCGGGCGUGGACGUGCUGUCGCGGCGGCGCGCGCGCCUGCGUCCGCCCGCCGCGCUGUGGCACAUCUACGCGGCGCGCGACGCCGACAAGAUCCGCGACCUGCUGGUGCGCGCGGAGCUGGAGCGCGGCGCGCGCCCGCGCGCGCAGCACGACCCCGUGCACGACCAGACCUGGUACCUGGACGCGGCGCUGCGCGAGCGCCUGUACCGCGAGUACGGCGUGGAGGGCUACGCCAUCCUGCAGUGCCCGGGCGACGCCGUGUUCGUGCCCGCGGGCGCGCCGCAUCAGGUCCGCAACCUGCUGGACUGCAUCAAGGUGGCGGAGGACUUCGUGUCGCCGGAGAACGUGUCGCGCUGCUUCGAGCUGGCGCAGCAGUUCCGGCGGCUGUCGCGCCAGCACUCCAACAAGGAGGACAAGCUGCAGAUCAAGAACAUCGUGUACCACGCGGUGAAGGACUCUCUCUGCUGUCUCGAGGAAGCGCUCGCCGAGGCCGAGUAGAGCCCCCGCCCGCCUCCCGCAUUUGAUCUCAACCUCGACGUAACAUUAUUCGCUAAGUUUCGCAUUUAACGUAAGAUUGGGAGCGAGUGUGAUACGCGCUGUGCGCCGUUUCGUGUAUAAGAUGCCAUUUUUAAGCGUCCGAGUGGAUUGUGUACCAGUUAUGUGUGUAAAUGUACUCGAAAUGUGAUUUAGUCCGAUAAUCGCGAUCGGAGUAUGUGCAAUGUAAAUUAGUCUGAUUAUGGUGAUAUCGUUGAGAUGUGGAUAUGUUUUAUGUUCCUUAAUUGAUACAAAUAAACUCUUCUGGUUAUUUACAGCUUAAAGUAGUUAUAGUGAUAUGUAUGUAUUGUGUAAAUUUUUAAUUCGAAUUCCAUCGAGUAUAUAUUAAGAAGUGUAUACCUUUAAGUUAUUGUAUUGAGUAAAUCGUAUUCGCUCGAAGCAUUGUACAUUAAACACAGCGUGUAGAUAAGUUUUCCUAUAUUAGAUUUCUCAAUUUGGUUAGUAUGUUACAAAUGAUAGUUAAAAUAUGUGACAAUUUCAUUUUGUCCUUAUCGCUGUAUUAGAUGAAAGCAAGUUUUUUUUGUACUGUGUAUAUUAUGUAUGGUUAUAAGUUGGAAUAAAAAAAGAUGUUUAUAUUA